UUUAGAAUCCCCGUCGACUUUUUUCCCUUGUUUUUCCUAGCCUUUGCAUAUUGACUACUGGUCGCUCGCUCGCCCACGGUUGGAGCCUGCAGUAGCCAUGUUCACUCGCUCGAUAUGUACCACUAGUAUAGCGAUACUUUCGUCUCGCGCCCUCGCGCAAUACAUCUCGUUAUCCCCCGCCACCACUGUCCCCAGCGGCGCUUCCAACUACGUCGACCCGUCGUUUGCAGGCUUCGGUAUCGAGCCCUCGAAUCUCUUCUCCUUUACCGGCGGCGAUGACACAAACACCUUUUCCGUGCAGCUACUCCAGAACCUGGCCGACUAUGCAGGACUACCCGCACACAUCCGUCUAGGAGGCAACACCCAGGACUACAUGAUAUACGAUGCAAGCCAGACGCAGUACAAGUGGACCGCCAACACAAACUCCCGCGCACAGGGCGUCAUUGCCGCAGACUCGAUGAUAAUAGGUCCGGCUUAUUUCAAGGCAUUGGACAGAUUCCCAAAGGGCACCCCCGUUACCUUUGGAUUGAACAUGGCCUACAUUGACAAUGACUGGGAGGACCGCAUCGUGAAAAUGGCCCAGGGUGCCGUCGAUGGCAUGAAGAACGUCAAGCUAUACUCGUUCGAAGUGGGCAACGAGCCCGACUUGUGGCUGAAGAACUCGUUCCGGAGCGCACCCUGGACCGGACAGACCUACACAACACAGUUUCUGGACCGCUGCGCAAAACUCUACGAGCGUGUUCUAAAGCCUGCCAAUUUGCCAUCAGCCUUCUUCGAGCCGCCCGCGACCGCUUCGACGAUAGGAACCACGUUUGAGAUCGCACAGCUCGUCGACGAUGGCAUCAUGACGGGGAGGGACGGCAACAACUUCAUGACGGCCUGGAAUCAGCACGAUUACUUUUACUUCAUCGGCGUUACACCAACACCCCUCACGCUAGAUGAUCUCAUGGACCUGGAUGCCACCAACACGCAGUUUGCCUACUGGGAGAAGCAGGUCAAGGCAGCACUAAACACCGGCCUGCCCUACGUCUUGCGAGAGAUGAGCUCCGUCGGCCCCAUCGGCAUGCCCGGCGUCAGCGACACUUUCGGCGCCUCCCUAUGGACCCUGAACUUCUUCAUGUAUGCCGCUACACUCGGUAUCCAGAGCGUCCAGAUGCACAUGACGGCAAACUCAAACGCCAGUGCCUGGCAGCCCAUUCCCAUGUACGGCAGCGACACCAGCUUUGUGCGACCCCAGUACUACGCCCACGCCGCAGUCGCACAACUCAUCGGCAACGGCAACGGCACCACUCAAAUCUCGGUCCUCAAGACCAGCAAUGUUGGCGCUACCUAUAGCGGUCGUAUCCGCGCCUACGCCGCCUAUGCAAAGGACAACCUCCAAGCCCUCGUCUUGAUCAACUCCAAACUAGCAGAGGCUUCCCAGGACAAGGGUAGCUUCACAUUCAACAUCAACCUUGGUUCAGCCAACGCAAACAAGGACGUUUUCCUCUCCUAUCUCACAGCUGAUGGCGGAGACAGCCAGAAGGGUGUCACGUGGAACGGAUUGAGCUACGACGACAUCACAGGCCAGUCCAACGUCGCCGAUGCCACCGUGAAUGUAGUAACUGCAGAUGGCCAAGGCAAGGUCUCCAUCCCGAUUCGGGACUCCCAGGCCAUUGUCGCAAACAUCGGAUGGCAGCUUGGUGUCAAUCUGGUCUUGAAGCCAGAUCCCACACAGUCCAAGAAGAGCAGUGCCGCUACGACCUCGAUGCCUGGUGCGAGCAACGCCGUCUACACUAGUAUCAUGGCCAUAAUAGUAGCCCUGGCAAUGGUGGUUGCCAGAUGAGGAGAGCAGCAUGCUACGCUGCUGUAAUGGCAGUCGACUCGACAUGUUUUUUUGUCUCUUUUUUUUUCUUGCAUGAAACAAAUCGCAUCGCAUAUGCAUCAUGACGGCGUUUCGGGGUUAAUACUGGCAUCAAGCAACAUAUAUUAGAGCUUGUACAAUUGGUUGGCUAGUUGGUUUUCCUGGUUGCAUUUUUGGGAAGGUCACCUAGGAAUCUCGAAAGGGCCUUUUUACUUUGGUUUGAACACGCAUUCGCUGCGUGUUUUCUCAAACUUGUACAUG